AUGUGCCCAUGACUAGCACCCGCCACCAAUUGCAGCUAUAGAAAUGAUGCGUUGGGUAUAAAUCUAUUUUAGAACCGUUACCCGUGAAUGGGAAGGGUUGGGGUUCAUGGCAUUUAUUUAAAUUGUGAGUGACCAAGCACUUGUCCCGUGGGAAGUUUUGUUAACAGCUCAGCGGCUCCAGUCGGGUUACUUUACCGUACCAAUCACAAGGUAAGAGCAACUGGCUUAGCUCACUUCGUCGCCUGCAUCACAACCGCUCUCAACGCCACGACCUCUGGGGAUACCAACACAUUAUGAAUUCGUUAGUGCUGCUGGGACUGUGGUUUAUAUUAUGUCAGGACAUCAGCUUUGGUAAGUAAUCAGUGGAACAAGAUUGUUUUUUUUUGGUGUUGUUUUUCUUCAUUGGUUUGCCUCGUCCUUUGCACGGCCCUGGUCCAGGGUUUCUCAAACUAUGGUACUCCCGACCUCCAGUGAGUGCGAGGGAAAGUGCUUAUAAGAAAUAGAGGAGCUUUUUUUUUUUUGAAGUUACGAAAGUUUCUACUCGAAUGGUUUCUUCUUAUGGUAUAACUCAUAUGUUGAUUUUCUAAGCUUUACAAGUUCCUACAGUGAGUAAAACCUUUCGACGAAUUCCAAUUUUAAAUUGCAUUGUCAUUUUUGUCGGAGGUGCGAGCAUGGCCACACGAGAAGGUUGGGGUGGUGAAGGGGGUACCCGCCCCGAGGGCCAGUUUCAGAGGACUCCAAAAUGUUCGUUGUACGUGCCAAUAAUUUGUAUUCUUUUUUUGUUAAAACUUUUUUAAAAGAGGAUGCCGAAAUUGGGACUUUUUACCGGGGCGCAGCUUUUACUUGAAACAGCCCCCGAUGUACGGCUAAGUGAAGUAGUUUGUCGGGGGAAACACUUCAAAUGGGGUGCAGAGUGCAGAGUAUAGAACAUUCCGAGAAACCCUGCUCAAGUCACUGGAUGCUCCAUAGACAAAAUAAAUGUGUCAAUAUUCCCAUUAUAGUUUUAAAACUACAGCCGUUAAAAAAAGAUUCUGCAUUGAUUUUCUUUUUUCCAAUUAAUAUGCAUGUACAUAUCUGGACGGUGGGCGGACGGCGUACUAAAUUAAAUUGUGUGGUUUGUUAAGUAUAUAAUCAUACUAGAUAUGAGAAAAGGUCGACGUGUCGUUGACAAGCGAACACAUUCCUGGGUCAGGGUUUAAGAGUUUACAUGAAAGAUGUUUAUAGGAAGAAUGGACGAUCCCUGCCAUGGGUGACAUCAUACUGAGUGAAAAAUGAUGUCAUCCCUGCCAAUGGUGACAUCAUACUGAGUGAACUAUGAUGUCAUCCCUGCCAUGGGUGACAUCAUACUGAGUGAACUAUCCAUAGUCCAUAACGAUAACAUGCUCAUGUGAGGAUGAGGUCUGAGGAUGAGGUCUGAGGAUGAGGUCUGAGGAUGAGAUCGGAGGAUGAGAUCGGAGGGUGAGAUCGGAGGGUGAGAUCGGAGGGUGAGAUCGGAGGGUGAGAUCGGAGGGUGAGAUCGGAGGAUGAGAUCGGAGGAUGAGAUCGGAGGAUGAGAUCGGAGGAUGAGAUCGGAGGAUGAGAUCGGAGGAUGAGAUCGGAGGAUGAGAUCGGAGGAUGAGAUCGGAGGAUGAGAUCGGAGGAUGAGAUGGGAGGAUGAGAUGGGAGGAUGAGAUGGGAGGAUGAGAUGGGAGGAUGAGAUGGGAGGAUGAGAUGGGAGGAUGAGAUGGGAGGAUGAGAUGGGAGGAUGAGAUGGGAGGAUGAGGGAGGAUGAGAUGGGAGGAUGAGAUGGGAGGAUGAGAUGGGAGGAUGAGAUGGGAGGAUGAGAUGGGAGGAUGAGAUGGGAGGAUGAGAUGGGAGGAUGAGAUGGGAGGAUGAGAUGGGAGGAUGAGAUGGGAGGAUGAGAUGGGAGGAUGAGAUGGGAGGAUGAGGAAUUGGGAGUAAGAGGUCGGAGGAUGAGUCUGCUAUUUUCAUCAUUUAAUCUGGUAGAAUCCAUUUAACAACUUUACCGAAACAUUCACCUGCCAUCAAAAACUGACAUUGUCACCUGCCACAAAACAUUGAAACUGUCGCCUGCCACAAAACACUGACAAUGACACAUGCCAUCAAACACUGACAAUGACACAUGCCAUCAAACACUGAUACUGUCACCUUCUAUGAAACACUAACAUUGUCACAUGCUAUCAAACACUGUCACCUGCCAGAAAACACUGACACUGUCACAUGCCAUCACACUGCCACUGUCACAUUCCAUUAAAAACAUGUCAUCAAAUGUUUAUUGGUUCAUUCCCCAGCCAUCAGACGGGCCGUGUGUGUGGUCCAGCCUGAUCCAGGGUCUCAACAGAAAGUUACAGGGACUGUCACGUUUACACAGGUCAGUGGUCCUCACAUCAAACGACUUAUCCACUACACAACUUCCUUAUUGCUCCAUGCUUCCUCUCAACUUCCCUCCACUUGUACAAACCGCCCCUUGUACUGACCCAAACCCUUGUACAAACAAUUCCCCCCCCUAUACUGCCCCCACACAUGUACAACCUGCCUAUCUGUACCACCUUUCCACCUGUACUGACACAUACCUUACACUAGAGACCAUGAUUUUUUCUGAUUUCUGUCGAAACCGAAACCAGGCCGAAAGUUAAAAUUUACUUUCGGCCUAAACCGAAACCAAAAGCUUAACGAGACUUUCGGCCACCGAAACCGAGAGAUUUAGAUAUUUUGAAAUUCGUUCACGCAUACAUUAUGCAUACAUCGAAAAAUGAUUGGGGGGGUGGGGGGUAAGUAUCAAUAGUUACAUUCUUUUUAGAAACAAUUAGAUCAUGGUGAAUAUUAAUAAAUAAUGAAUACUUUGGCUUACGAAUUUAAUUUAAAAGUAAUUUAAAUUUCUUUAAAAUGUAUUUUAAAGUAGUAUGGUAAGAGAAAAUUAGGACCCGGGGGUGGGGGGGGGGCAAAAUUCAUGCAAGAUAGACCCUUGAGUGCCCUUUACUUUUAUAAUAAAAUUACAAUGCUACCUAGACAUAUCUACAAUACUUAUUAUGGCUCUAAUAGAGCCAAUUUUCACAAAUCAGUCAUUAAGGCUAUAAAAAUAUCACCACAAUUUUUCACGGCUAUCGUCAUAAUAAUGCUUUAUGUUUUCAUAAAUAGCUGGCAAGAUAUCGCUGCAGUAAUGCUUAGCCGAGUACCAACACACUAGUCUUUCCGUGCUGGUGACGCAAUUAUUUCGUUCGGCGACCGACUUCCCUCACCCACAGAGAUUGGGGGGGUGGGGAUUAUUUUCUUUUUGACCGGGUCUCUUAAAAUUGUUGUUCUGACGUGUCUCGACGGAGAAUCGCAAAAGAAAUCUCUACUACAUAAUUAUUAUACUACAGCUGCACUGACGCAUACACUACAGCUGCACUGACGCAUACACUACAGCUGCACUGACGCAUACACUACAGCUGCACUGACGCAUGCACUACAGCUGCACUGGCGCAUGCACUACAGCUGCACUGGCGCAUGCACUACACCUGCACUGACGCAUACACUACACCUGCACUGACGCAUACUCUACACCUGCACUGACGCAUACACUACACCUGCACUAACACAUACACUACACCUGUAAUGGCAUCUACACCCAUACCGUCUACUCCUCCCCCCCCCCCACUCGUACAACCCGACUUUCUGUACACCCCAUCUCCAUGAAUACAUAACAAAUGUCUGCUUCUGUUCUAUGUGCUCCCCAAUGCAAACAUCACUAUUUACUAAGUUCCAAUUUGUCCGCUGACCCCGUUGAAAUGCGAUGUACUUUAUACAAUCGGUUUGGAAAGUACCUUUCCCUGUUUAUUAUUCUUUAAAGUAAACAUCUUUGUAACAGCCCUGGUAACUGUGUUGUAGUUUUUGUGGCGCUGUGAGCUAGUGUUAUAGCUUUUGGGGAGCUGUGGGCUAGUGUUAUAGUUUUAUGGAGCUGUGGGCUAUAGUUGGAGUAGUUUUAUGGUUUUUGUGGACCUGUGGGCUAGUGUUAUAGUUUUAUNCCUGUAAUGGCAUCUCCACCCAUCCCGUCUCCUCCCCCCCCCCCCCCCACUCGUACAACCCGACUUUCUGUACACCCCAUCUCCAUGAAUACAUAACAAAUGUCUGCUUCUGUUCUAUGUGCUCCCCAAUGCAAACAUCACUAUUUACUAAGUUCCAAUUUGUCCGCUGACCCCGUUGAAAUGCGAUGUACUUUAUACAAUCGGUUUGGAAAGUACCUUUCCCUGUUUAUUAUUCUUUAAAGUAAACAUCUUUGUAACAGCCCUGGUAACUGUGUUGUAGUUUUUGUGGCGCUGUGAGCUAGUGUUAUAGCUUUUGGGGAGCUGUGGGCUAGUGUUAUAGUUUUAUGGAGCUGUGGGCUAUAGUUGGAGUAGUUUUAUGGUUUUUGUGGACCUGUGGGCUAGUGUUAUAGUUUUAUGGAGCUGUGGGCUAUUGUUGGAGUAGUUUUAUGGUUUUUAUGGACCUGUGGGCCAGUGUUAUAGUUUUAUGGAACUUUGGGCUAGUUUUAUAGUUUUUGGGGAGCUGUGGACUGGUAUUAUAGUUUUAUGGAGCUAUGGGCUAGUUUCAUAGUUUUUGGGAAGCUGUGGCUAGUGUCAUAGUUUUUGUGAAGCUGUGGGCUAGUGUUAUAGUUUUUGGGGAGCUGUGGGCUAGUGUUAUAGUUUUUGGGGAGCUGUGAGCUAGUGUUAUAGUUUUUGGGGAGCUGUGAGCUAGUGUUAUAGUUUUUGGGGAGCUGUGGGCUAGUGUUAUAGUUUUUGGGGAGCUGUGGGCUAGUGUUAUAGUUUUUGGGGAGCUGUGGACUAGUGUUAUAGUUUUUGGGGAGCUGUGGGCUAGUGUUAUAGUUUUUGGUGAGCUGUUGUGCUAGUGUUAUAGUUUUUGGGGAGCUGUGGGCUAGUGUUAUAGUUUUUGGGGAGCUGUGGGCUAGUGUUAGAGUUUUUGGGGAGCUGUGGGCUAGUGUUAGAGUUUUUGGGGAGCUGUGGGCUAGUGUUAUAGUUUUUGGGGAGCUGUGGACUAGUGUUAUAGUUUUUGUGAAAUUGUGUUUUUAAAAACGUUUUCCGGUGUUAAGAAACGUGAGUUGAUCCUUUGACACUUGUCCUGAUGUGUAUAAACUUGUCCGGAUUUGUAUAAACUUUCUGGAUGUGUAUGAACGUGUCCGGAUGUGUAUAAACUUGUCAGUAUUGUUGUUCUCCCUGACAGCUGAACCCCCGCAGCCCUAUAACGAUUGCAAUCAAGCUUCAAGGGUUUAAAGAGUUUGACCCAUCAACGGCCCCCUCUCAGUUACUCCAUGGUUUCCACGUGCACGAGUUUGGAGAUCUGACAGCGGGGUGUACAUCUGCUGGAGGACAUUACAACCCCUGUGGCGUGAAUCACGGGGCGAAAGAGGACAAUGUCAGGUACAGGUGAACUUAAUUUACCUUUUUGAUGUCAGGUGCGGGUGAACUUUAGAUACAUUUUAAUGUCAGGUACAGGUGAACUUAGGUUACCUUUUUAAUGUCAGGUACGGGUGAACUUAGGUUACCUUUUUAAUGUCAGGUACAGGUGAACUUAGGUUACCUUUUUAAUGUCAGGUACAGGUGAACUUAGGUUACCUUUUUAAUAUCAGGUACAGUUGAAUUUAGGUUACCUUUUUAAUGUCAGGUACAGGUGAACUUGGGUUACCUUUUUAAUGUCAGGUACAGGUGAACUUAGGUUACCUUUUAAAUGUCAUGUACAGGUGAACUUAGGUUACCUUUUUAAUGUCAGGUACAGGUGAACUUAGGUUACCUUUUAAAUGUCAUGUACAGGUGAACUUAGGUUACCUUUUUAAUGUCAGGUACAGGUGAACUUAGGUUACCUUUUUAAUGCCAGGUACAGGUGAAUUUAGGUUACCUUUUUAAUGUCAGGUACAGGUGAACUUGGGUUACCUUCUUAAUGUCAGGUACAGGUGAACUUAGGUUACCUUUUUAAUGUCUGGUACAGGUGAACUUAGGUUACCUAUAAAAUCAUAUGUGUCAGGUCCAUAUGAACUUAAGUUACCUUUAAAUGAAAAGGCACAUAUGAGAUUAAUGUUACCCAUGAGCGUCAGGUGCAUGUGAAAUUAAGGUGCAUUCUAAUGUCAGUUAUAUAUUAUGUCAAUGUAAGGAAUUACUACACCAGGGAGCAGCCACGAGUUUUUAACACCCGGGGAAUUCUUGGACUUUGCCGCCCCCACCACCCACUCACGAAAACCACAAAACAUAAAAAUACAUAUCAAACAUAAGAUUACAUAUCAAAGAUAAGAAUACAUAUCAAACAUAAGAUUACAUAUCAAAGAUAAGAAUACAUAUCAAACAUAAGAUUACAUAUCAAAGAUAAGAAUACAUAUCAAACAUAAGAAUACAUAUCAAACAUAAGAAUACAUAUCAAAGAUAAGAAUACAUAUCAAACAUAAGAAUACAUAUCAAAGAUAAGAAUACGUAUCAAAGAUAAGAAUACGUAUCAAAGAUAAGAAUACGUAUCAAAGAUAAGAAUACAUAUCAAAGAUAAGAAUACAUAUCAAAGAUAAGAAUACAUAUCAAAAACAGGACAAAAACGUAAUAUGAAGUGGACAAGACAUACCGCCUAUCAGCCCCAAUUUCCCUUGCCACUCUCACAACCCCGUGUUACAUGAAAGGACUAGGGACCGUGUGCAUGGUGUACAACUCAAAGGGGGGUAGUAGGGUGACCUUUUAGCAUGUUCUUACAUUGUGUUACAUUACUUUAAAUUCGGACCAUCAGAAUGAGGGAAUUUGGUCCUGGUCAAUGUUAUUGCAUAAAAAAUUCUUCAAGUAAAACACUUUGCUAUAAUGCCAAGUUUAAAUUAAAAUCCAUAUAUAGCCACAUUUGGUGCAAUGUAUACAUUACUUGAUUGGUGUUCCUGUAGUUGUGGGCCAUCCAUAAAUGACCUCGCGUCAUUUUACCCCCCCCCUACCCCACACACACCAAAAAGGGGGGGGGCGGCACCACGAUUGUGUGACGAGGGUGUCAAUUUUUAAAACUAAUUUGUGACGAUAGUCGCAGAAAAAAAAAGUGCAGGCUGCGCUGGGCAGGACACUUAGAGAGAAUGUCAAAUGACAGAUGAGUGAAGAGGGUGCAUCACCAAAAUCCCAGAGGAAAACGGCUCAGAGGCGGACCUAGGCUUAGAGGAAUGGAUGAUGUGGGAAAAGCUCUACAAUUUGGAAUCCAGUCAUGGAAAAGAAAAGCAUUUGUUAGGUCUGAAGUCUGAAGGGAAGGAAGUGGUGAGGCAGGCCAAAGCCCUACAUGGGCUGCAUUGCCACAGGGAUGAAUGGAUGGAAUUUGUGACGAUUUUUUUUUGGGGGGGGGGGAUCGGACAAAUUAGCAUGACGUAACUUAUGGGUGGCCCCUUCAGUCAUAUUAUUUUAAAAUUAUAAACACACAAAUAAUAUUUCAGUAAUGGCAAAUAAUCAGAUUAUUUAAUGGGUAUUGAGUAGGUCAGCGGUUCCCAACCGGUGCUUCCCGGAGUCAUGGUGAGCUCAGGGGCUCCACGGCAGAUCUAGAAGACUUCAAAAGUUCUAAACACUAUUAAAUUACUAGACAUUCGAUUGGCUAAGGGGCUCCCCUAUAGAAAAUAAGUUUAAAAACGGCUCCGUGGAUCAAAAAGAGUUGGGAGCCACUGACGUGGACUGAUCAGCUGAUCGAUUGUGACGCUCCUAAUUAAAAUCCACCGUUUCCUUUCAUUUCAACAGACACAACGGUGACCUGGGCAACAUUCAACAAGAACCUAAUGGUACGAUUCCUGAGCUGGUCCUCACAGACCGUUUCGUGACCUUGUAUGGGGACUGGUCAGUCCUUGGCAGGGCCAUCGUGGUAAGGAAAUAAGGGGGGGGGGGCUUUAGGCAUUUAGUUAAUGUGAUGGCCGUGUCAUGGUCCUCCGAUUGUUACAAUGGGCACCCGACGUGACACACGUGACCUUGUAUGGGGACUGGUCAGUCCUUGGCAGGGCCAUCGUGGUAAGGAAAUAAGGGGGGGGGGGGCUUUAGGCAUUUAGUUAAUGUGAUGGCCGUGUCAUGGUCCUCCGAUUGUCACAAUGGGCACCCGACGUGACACUGUGCUCCCGACGUGACACUGUGCUCCCGACGUGACACUGUGCUCCCGACGUGACACUGGGCUCCCGACGUGACACUGUGCUCCCGACGUAACACUGGGCUCCCGACGUGACACUGGGUUCACGACGUGACGGUGGGCCCGCCACGUGACAACAGUCUGAGGUUGGAAAGUGAAUAUGACACUGUAUUGUGACGAUAUGAAGAGGCUGCGCCUCUUUAAAGGGAACGUGACUAUAUAAAGCGACUGUGGCACUAAAAAAGGAACGUAACUAUAUAAGGGGACUGUGGCACUAAAAAAGGAACGUGACUAUAUAAGGGGACUGUGGCACUAAAAAAGGAACGUGACUAUAUAAGGGGACUGUGGCACUAUAAAGGGAAAGUGACUAUCAUGGGAACGUGACUAUAUGAAAGAACUGAAUGUAUGAGAAGACCGUGACUGUAUGAAGAGACCGUGACUGUAUGAAGAGACCGUGACUGUAUGAAGAGACCGUGACUGUAUGAAGGGACGGUAGUUUAAGAAGGGAAUGUGAUUGAAGGGAAUGUGAUUGGAUGAAGGGAAUGUGAUUGUAUGAAGGGAAUGUGAUUGUAUGAAGGGAAUGUGAUUGUAUGAAGGGAAUGUGAUUGUAUGAAGGGAGUGUGAUUGUAUGAAGGGAGUGUGAUGGUAUGAAGGGAGUGUGAUGGUAUGAAGGGAAUGUGAUGGUAUGAAGGGAAUGUGAUGGUAUGAAGGGAAUGUGAUGGUAUGAAGGGAAUGUGAUGGUAUGAAGGGAAUGUGAUGGUAUGAAGGGAAUGUGAUGGUAUGAAGGGAAUGUGACUGUAUGCAAAGACUGUUACUGUAUAAAAGUUCUGUGACCGAGUGAAGUAACUGUGACCGUUGUGACGGAUAGUCGUCUAGGAGUAGGUCCGCUCCGUACGGCCACAGAAACAAUCUCAGUCUAGAACUCCGUUGUUUUCUCCUAUCCUCUACGCCCUACUAGGCUGAUGUGUAGUAAACCAGUAUCAAUUCAAAAAAAUCACGAGAAAGUUUGAAUAAUCAGUAUUUUUCAAUGAUUUGUAUUCUGGGUGAAACACAGUCUACAAUGAUGAUAAAUUAGUAACAAUUGGCGUUCACGGUAGAAGAAAAAACUCCAGUCCACGAGACGAAGAUGUACUCAUCUCAACAAACUAAUAACUCAAUUAAACUCACUCCUUUGUUGUUUUUUUUUAAAUGGCUUCUUGUCUCUCACAACAAUAAUUACUCACCACUUUUCACCAAGUGUUGUUGUUUUUUUUCCCAACACACCACCACGGUCAUACAUCAUAGCUCAUACGUCAUUUGUGGCUGAGUAAAAUCGAUGGGGUAUAAGGGUAAGCAACUUAAUAUUUUUUUUUCAACCGGGUCUCAUAAAAUUGUUGCUGGGUCUCGACGGAGAGUCGCAAAAGACAUCGAAAUUGGUCGCCAAAAUCAUCAAAGUAAACAGGUCUGCAGGAUGUCUACUAUAUAAUUAUUAUACGAACCCGUGAUACAUGUUUAUGAGCAUGAUCAUGAAUUUCAAGAAAUGAAUGAAUUAAAUAGGCCUAAGUUUCCUUAAUUUUUUUUUUUUUUAAAUAAAACAAAAAUAAUAAUGGAGAAAUAUGAUCAUUCCUUAGGAUUAUUCAAUAUUAUUCACCUUAUUAAUCAUCAAAAUGAAUUCCCCAAAUGAAUGAAUUGAAUAAACUUGGGUUUCCAAAUUUCAUUUUUGAAAAAAUGAAAACAAAACUGUUAUAAAAUAUUACCACCCCCCCCAACUAGUUUUUCUUCCUCAAAACUAUUUACAUUUGUCUAGGCCUAAUUGAAAUUUAAUUGGGGGGGGGGGAAUAAAGGACAAGUAGUUCAUACGAUGACAGCAAGACUUCGAGCAAUAUGAAUAUCGGAUUGCGGGCCUAGAGACGGUCAGUCUAACUUUUGGUAGAUGACCGAAAACUUCAGUCACUUUCGGCCGAAACCUAAAUUAAACCGAAAGUGAACUUUUCUGUUUCAGCCGAAACCGAAAUUAAACUAUAAUUUAACUUUUCUGUUUCGGCCCAAGCAGAAACUAGGCCGAAAGGGAUCAAAUGGCAACUUUCAGCGAUGAAACCGAAGCUGAAAUUCGGUCGGCCUCUAGCUUAACCCCAUCGGGUGGAUGAUAAAACUGGCCGCUGGACAAAUAACAUGUUUAGGCCCUAGCGACGCCGUUACAUCUUCCUCUACUUGAACACGUUAAUGGGGUGAUCUCAUGUAGACCAGAAAUGUGUUUUAAAUCUCUUGCGAUUUCUAUUUUUUUGUGGCAUAAAAAGCAUGUUUCAUUUGAUCACAGGUUCAUGAAAAGGCAGAUGACUUGGGGCGUGGAGGAGACCAGGCCAGUCUGACCAAUGGGAACGCCGGAUCCCGUCUUGGCUGCUGUGUCAUUGGCCUGGCAAAAACCAACUGAUCGCAUCCAAACCAACUUGAAAGGCAACGACUCACAUGUUUCCGUGUGACAGAGACGAGAAUGGAGCAACGCGAUUGAAAUAUUAAGCAGUUUAAAUUCCGAUGAUUCUGAAGUGAAUUUUUCAUUGCAUUAAAAAAACAAUUUAAGUUAAAAAUUGUAAACAAUUUAAGUUAAAAAUUGUAAACAAUUUAAGUUAAAAAUUGUAUUUCGUUGUUUUCUCUGGGUUACGCACAAAAAGCAUCAACUAUAUUACAUUAUGUUCAAAAAAUAAAUUUACCGGUACAAAAUUUCAAGAUGUCUUUAUUUAUGCAUUUAUUUCCUUGAGCUGCAGUCUUAAAAUUUGUUUUGUUAGAUCAAUUCUGAUAAAAAUUCCGGGGAUUUGCGCAUGGGCUGGGGAUGGGUGUGUGUAAACCAGAGAUUUGGAGUAGAGUUUGGGAUUUGGAGUAGAGUUUAAGAUUUGGAGUAGAGUUUGAGCUAUGGAGUAGAGUUUGAGCUAUGGAGUAGAGUUUGAGCUAUGGAGUAGAGUUUGAGCUAUGGAGUAGAGUUUGAGCUAUGGAGUAGAGUUUGAGCUAUGGAGUAGAGUUUGAGCUAUGGAGUAGAGUUUGAGCUAUGGAGUAGAGUUUGAGCUAUGGAGUAGAGUUUGAGCUUGAGCUAUGGAGUAAGAUCGUUUUUUUUUCCUAGCUCCAAAAUUAUGUUUUUAAAUACGAAUAAAAAUAUAAAGUUUGAACUUCUUAAUUUAAAAUUGUUGCCCUAUUCUUCUAAAAGUUAUGUUGUCCCACUCUUCUACCAUGAAUGUUGCCCCACUCUUCUACCAUGAAUGUUGCCCCACUCUUCUA